CCACCGCCUGUCAUUUCCAACAUAACCUAAAUAAACAAACCCCCCAAAAUAACGUACAAAAUGCUCCUAAAAAUCCUCGAAACCCUACUAAUCUACGUGUUCGUGUACGUCCUAGCCUUCGACGACAUCUUCGUAGACGGAAACAACUCCCACGAGAUGAUAGAACAAGGUCGAACCCAAUACCAGCUGCUCAGAGAAAAGGGCAAUUUACCCCGAUACGGCACCUGUUGGAAGGGGGCCAUCGAGCACAUCGAAGACGGGUGCAAAAACCUCUCUGAAGACACCCAAAGCGACAUGGCCCUCCACAUCACUAACUGCUUCCUCGAAAUGUCAGGCCACGAGACUUACAACUGCGAACUAGACAAAAAGGCGAAUUUGCGCAGCAUUUGCAUUAACAGCAUGACUGAUCGGGCGUUCAACGCCUACACGGAGUUUUACACUCACGUGCAAAAUAUUUGUUGGUUUUUGAGGGGGCAGAUUUGGUAUGAAACCAUCUCAGAGAGCAGUUUUAAGGUGGGGAAGCAGUUGGAGAUGUCGGCGAAAAACCAGGAGGAGUUGUUAGAGGCGCAGAAAGAGAGUAUGGAGACGCAGAGGAAGAUUCUGCGGCAGGAGAAGCUUCUAGAGGGGGUUUUGGGGGAUUUGUAUGCUUCUACGAAGGCGCAUCGGGAGAUUUUGAAUGUUUUGACGAAAAGUGUGGCGAGUUUUCAGACGUGGGUAAUCGGGGAGGUGUCGUGGUUUGACUCGGUGAUUUUUUAUGUAGUGACGGGGUUGUUUAUUUUUAUUUUUACUUCGGUGAAGCGGGGUGCUGGGGCGAGGUUUCCACUUUUGUUAAUUUUGUGUAUGAAUUUUUUAAUUGAGCGUUUUAUUUGCUAUCUUUUGAUUUCUGAGGAUGCGCUUGUUGACACGAAACUGUUGUACCAAGACAUUUAUUCGUACAUUUGGUACUGCCGGUACUUUUUUAUUAGCGUUAGUAUUUUCUUUUUUAUUUAUCAGUCUUUCAGUUAUAGAGACAUCAGUCUCGAGAAUAACAAGUUCCUACAUGUUAUUAGCGCACAAAAUGCGAAAAUUCUAGAUAUACUGAGUACUAUUAAUAAUAAUUAUAUAAGAGAAAGCUCUCCUAGGAGUGAACAGUUUGACUUUGUUAAUGAAAGUAUAAAUCACAAUGGGUUCCUUAAAAACAGUAAAGUAGAUUUAGAUGAAAGUAGUACGGGUACUUACUCAGAGAGGACUGUUAGAGGUAGAAGAACUUACUCUUCGAGACCUCACUUGUUGACUGAAACACAUUCGGGUCGUUAUAAUUUGCGUAGUAGUAGGCAAAAUACGCCAGACUUGAAUUAGACAAAUCAAGUGCCUGAUUGUACAUUUCGUUGUAAAUAUUUUUCGUUGUCUUAAAUCGUUGAGUAAGCGGCAAUGUCCACUCGACACUUGGAAAAAAAAGGGAUCUGGGCUGGCUAAGAAUAACUAAUCCGUAUUUUAGUAUAAAUUAAAACGGUGUUUGGGUGUUUUUCACGUAGUCGACGUGGUUGCUGCUUUUAAAUUUUUAAUUGUGUACAUAGUACCAAGUUACCCGACUAUAAGGGCCAAAUUGAGGAAAACGUAAUUUCAUUUAUUAGUCGAACAAAUUUUACAAACGAUUAUUCACUUUGAGUGUAUUUUCCUGAUGGCUGUGAAACUGAAAGUCUCAUUUGUAAUAGAAAAUUAACCACAUAUUUUGUUUUCUGAUCGUGAAUACUAGGUAUAGUCAGUCCGCUGGAAUUUGAAAUUUUUAAAAUAUAAAAUUAGAUUUGAUACAUCAUCCACUAACCUAAAAGUGUGCUAGUGCCAAAUAAACUUACUAAAAUGUAUCAAAAUGUAUGACAAUGGAUACAAAAAAAACCUUAAUAAUUUUUUUACCUUC